GUUUCUUUCACAACUUUGCAUGCACUCCAAGCCCUCACCAAAUACUUCUCUUGGCAUUUUGUGUCCCUUCUCUCUUUCUCUUGCUCGAUAUUUUCCAACCAAAAUAAUUAUUAAAACCAAACGUAGCUAGGCACCACUGCUAGGAAUGGCAAGUGAGAUAUUUCUUGCCCUUCUGAUCACAACCUUUGUGGUUGCAGCCUCUGCUGGUAACUUCAACCAAGACUUUGAGAUAACAUGGGGUGAUGGUCGUGCCAAAAUCCUCAAUAGUGGGGAACUUCUCACCUUGUCCCUAGACAAGACCUCUGGCUCUGGAUUUCGUUCUAGGAAUGAGUACUUGUUUGGAAAAAUUGACAUGCAACUAAAACUCGUGCCUGGUAACUCUGCAGGCACAGUCACAGCUUAUUAUCUAUCUUCUCUUGGGGAUACUCAUGAUGAAAUUGAUUUUGAAUUUCUGGGUAACUUGAGUGGUGAUCCUUAUAUUCUUCAUACAAACGUAUUCACACAAGGGAAAGGUAACAGGGAACAGCAGUUCUAUCUGUGGUUCGACCCCACCCAGGACUUCCACACAUAUUCCAUUCUUUGGAAUCCUCAGAGCAUCAUAUUCUCUGUGGAUGGGACACCCAUAAGGGAGUUCAAGAAUCUUGAAUCAAAAGGGGUUUCUUUUCCCAAAAACCAACCCAUGAGGAUAUAUUCAAGCCUUUGGAACGCUGAUGAUUGGGCCACAAGGGGAGGCCUAGUGAAGACUGAUUGGAGCCAAGCCCCAUUCACAGCCUCUUACAGAAAGUUCAAUGCCCAAGCAUGUGUUUGGACUUCUUCUUCAGGCUCAUCUUGCUCCUCCAACAAUCCAUCAUCAAACCAAGCAUGGUUGAAACAAUCACUGGAUUCAACAGGGCAAGCUAGGAUUCAGUGGGUCCAAAAGAACUACAUGAUUUACAACUACUGCACUGACACUAAGCGUUUCCCACAGGGCCUUCCUCCUGAGUGCACAAUCGCAUGAAAACAAAACUAUUUCAUAUUAUAAACCUCUCAUACCUCAUGAAUUCAUUUUUUUUUUCUUGUCUUGUGUAAAUUAAUAAAAACACUAUAGGGCUCCUCGGUUUAUACUUUAUAUGCAUCUAUUGUCUGUGAAAUAGUGUGCAAAUGAGAUUCGUUGUAAUUUUGGUUUUUAAUAAAUUUGUUGGAGAGUUAUAAAUUAAAAAAUAAAAAGAAUUGUGCGCUUAA